CUGCGGUAUACAGUCGCAUGCGAAAGUUCCAAUGAUGUUGUCGCAGAGCAGCGACGCGUGACAAAAGUCGUGAUCGUUCCCAUGACUUAAAUUUACCGCUGCAGAGUUGCCCAUCGUGCCCAUACCUGAUCCCUCCACUUUCACUACAAGUGACAGGCCUCAUUACAACGAUCCAACCGUCGUCAUGGAUUUCGCCAGUCUCAUGAAGUCUCAAAUAGCCGCCUCGGGCCCCAAAAGUGCUACCGAUGGCGGCAAGAAAUACCUCAAGCGAUCGGAAGUCGAAGCACAGCGGCACGCGGACUAUCUGCGGGAACAGGAAGAACUGGAGAAGGCGCGGGUGGAGCGAUUAGAGAAGAAACGCAAGAGGGACGAAGAGGAGGCGGAAAAGAAUUUCGCGCGAGAAGAGAAGAAGAGACGACUCGCGGAGGAGAGCAGGAAGAGGGCAGAGGAGGAGGCCGAAGCAGAGGAGAGUGCAAGGAGGAAGCGAUUAGGUCUACCGCCGUUGGAGAAGAAGGAGGAUGGGGAUGAUUUGAAGGAAGGCGAGCAGGACAUCGAGGAGGAUGUGCUAUUACAGCAUCUACAAGACCUUGGAGAACCUCGACGACUAUUCGGCGAGACGCACAUUCAACGACUGCACCGCUAUCGCAAGUUGACGGACACCUCUGUCGCAAAGGUGGUGAAGAUGACCAACGGACCGAUCCCAACAAGUCUCGAACUUGUCCGGGAAGCCGAUAUGAAAGUGCCCACGUCAGUCCCCAAAGACGAAGAAGGCAUCACCCUCCUGCAGCGACAAAUCGCCUCUUAUUUCGACCUUUUGCUCAGCGAAUGGCAGCUCGCACUCGCCCGUCGCGCACCAGAAGUCAAGGAGUCAUUCAGCGGCAAAAAGGCCCUGCAGAACCACAUGACCGCCAUCUCCAACCUGACGCCCCUCUUCCGGAAGCUCGAGAGCAACACACUCCCUCGCACACUGCUGGCACCAAUCCUCGAAAUCACUCAUCUCGCGCAAUCGAAGCGGUACGUAGACGCCAACGACGCUUAUCUGCGCUUGAGCAUCGGCAAGGCGGCGUGGCCGAUCGGAGUGACGAUGGUUGGUAUCCAUGAGCGUAGCGCACGCGAAAAACUACAUGAAACGGAGAAGGGCAAGAGUGACGAGAAGGCUCACAUUCUGGCCGAUGAAGUUACGAGAAAAAUGCUACAGGGUAUCAAGCGCUGUCUUAGUUUCGCCCAAACAAGAUGGCCGCCCGAUGAUCUGGGCCAGCUGAUGGGUUGAUGAAAGCAAAAACUCUAGCUAAUUCCAAGCGUUCGGACCCCACCUGUCCAAUCCAUCAAUGCACGGAAGACGAGCCAUGUCCAACCCAUUCUGCUCAGUGCCGCGCACUGCAUCCAUUGUCAUCUCAAAGUGCACGUCCCAGAGUGAAGGGAGAGUCGGAUGGCGCUGCGGCGGCCACUGAAGGUUGACGGGCGUGUUGAGCAGGCUCGUCGAUAGGUUUGGCGCCGUCGUGUGGUGGAUGAUGGGGCGCAUCUCCUGGUCGACGGCCAUCCCUGAGAGGCCUUGAGCGUCGACAGGGCCAGAUCCGAGACGAUUGCGCAUGGCGAGAUCGUA